GGAAGUGCAUAAAGAACAGCUAUGGCACCGGGUGGUGACAACAAUGACGACAAGGAGUUGGACGGACUUUUUCGAGAUAAAACGCCUGAAGAUCCAAAAAAGGACAUCGAUCUCCGAAUCUGGGUCAAGAAUCAUUGGGGUGUGGCCGCCUGCCUUGCAUCCGGGCUUUUCACAGGGUUGGUUCCUGCAACGUCACGAUUCGUACAGGACCGCGGAUACACGGCAUAUCAGCUGAACCUCUUCAACGACCUGCUAAUUAUUUCCGCUGUUCUGUGUGUCGCCAUCUACCAUAGGACAAACCUCCUCCCCACUAACCAUGGACAAGUCUUCCGCUUGAUUUUAAAUGGAGUGGGUCGUUUCUUUGGAAUCCUUUGCCAGAUCUCUGCCUAUCGGUACGCCCCUCCGGCCAACGCAGAAACCGUGAUCAACCCGGGCUCAAUCGUCUUCGUUGUGCUUCUUUCCUGCAUUUUUAUUCAAGAGAUGCCCACACGUAUGACCAUGUUUGGCAGUCUAUGGUGCAUAGCAGGUGUUUCACUACUUGGUUAUAGCGGCAUCACCAACAAGGGCCCGUCAACGGUCGACACAGACGACACUGUUUUAGGAAUGGUACUAGCCGUCGUUGCAGCAUUGAUCUUCGCCAUGCUUAUGACUAACAUUAAAAUGCUGAUGAAAUCCACCUCGAAAACGAUGAUUUUGACAUACACUUACGGCAUAGCCUCAGUUUUGUCAGGGCUAGCAACCAUUUUUACGAGUGAAACAUGGCACCUUGAGCCGACUGCUGCCGCAGUCUUGUUUGCAAACUGUGCAAGUCGUGGUACAGGAAUCGCGCUCAUGUACGUUGGCCUGAAGCUUGUUGAGAUCAAUGCGGCAACAGCCCUGCUACAGGUCAAUGCGUUUUCUGCCUAUGGACUGCAGUGGGCAAUGCUUGGCUUUGUACCGACUGUCUUUGAUGGCUUUGGUUUGACAUGUAUAUUAAUAGGAACAUUUUCUGUCGGUAUAUGGGAGGCGCUUGUUCGUCGGAAAAAAGACAAACACGUUAAAUUUAUGAAACGAUUAGACUUCAAUGUCACACCGCCGAACAAUGACCAGUAAAAGAAACCAGAGUG